UCUGACCGUUAAGAGAGAGAACAGAGUCUUACAGAGGAAGAGAUAGGAAGAGAGAGGGAGAGGGGGUCAGCUUUCUCUACAGUGGGGUGCUGAGGAGGCUGUGGCAGUGUUGUGGCGGCAUGAAAGCUUUCUGAUACAUUAGCGACAGUUCGACACAGUUUUUGGAAAACUUCAAAAAGCUUGGAGCUUAGAUUGCUAAUCAUCAAUACUAUGAAUCUUUGAUUAGAUACCCCAGACAGAGAUACGUGGACCCCACUACAAACUAGAGUUAAGAUUGUGGUGCACAUCACAAGUACAGAUCAAAUGCCAUCUUUCAAGAUGAAGGCUCAAUCAAGCAUGGGAUGUUUACGAGAAAAAAAUGGUCUCCGUGUAUGUCAAAGGUCAAGUGUGAUUUCCAAGAAUUCUCAUGCUAGGAAAUCAGAACAUUCAGAAGAUUUUGACACUUGUAAUAAUUGUCAGGAGGUUUCUUCAAGCACACAAGUUUCUACUAUAGAAAUUGGAAGUGAUGAGGCAAUUGAACAUCAGGAACUUCUGGGUGAACAAACUGGUCAAAUUCAGAAGCAGUCAUGUGAUUCUCCCACCAAAAGAAUGGACUCCUGUCAGGCCUGCCCAUCAGACAUAAAGACAAUUUUCUCUCCUGCUUUGGAGUCGAGUGAAGUGAACGGCGAACAAAAUAGUGAACCACAUGCUGACAUUGAUGCAGUGUUAGGAGCUGGUGACAGUGAUGAUAACGGACGUUCAUGUGAUAAUCGAACUUGUGAUGUAUCAGAUUUCUACAUUUCUGACAUGAUAAUAUCAAGCUUACCCUUCGACGAGAAUGCAUUUCAUGAUGAUAUAAGUGAAAUGAAUUGCUUCCAAGACUACAAAUCAGCUGAACCAAAUAUGUUUUUUGAUGUGUCUGAGCAAUACAUGAUGUUGCCUUUCCUAGAAGACACAAUCAGAAGCAGUAAUUUUAAUACUAAUGAUGACAAAUCAUGUGAAGAAGCCAUGAUAGAUACAAAUUGUGCUGAAAUGUAUUUGGGAAUUGGUCAGAUGAGCCCCUGCAACCUGGAAACGGUUGUUAACUCUUCUGACUCAGAUCAGGCAGAGUCCUUUGAUCCACAGUUGUUCAUAAAAAACUUACCAGAAUUAUCAGAGGUGGUAUCAAAUUAUCAACCCAACAUAUUGCCCGAGGAAGCUUCAAAAAGAAAGUCUGUAACUCUUGUACUUGAUUUGGAUGAAACACUGGUUCAUUCUACAUUGGAACAUCGAGAUGACGCAGACUUCACAUUUACUGUCUUUUUCAACAUGAAAGAGCACACGGUAUAUGUGAAGCGGAGGCCUCACCUGCAAACUUUCUUGGAGAGAGUUGCAGAAAUGUUUGACGUUGUUAUUUUUACUGCCAGCCAAAGCAUAUAUGCAGCGCAGCUUCUUGAUAUAUUGGAUCCAUGUGCAAAGUUUAUAUCUCGCCGAGUUUAUCGUGAAUCAUGCAUUUUCUUGGAUGGCAGUUACACUAAAGAUUUGACAGUUUUGGGUGUUGAUCUUGCGAAAGUUGCCAUAAUUGAUAAUACUCCACAGGUCUUCCGCUUGCAAGUUAAUAAUGGAAUUCCUAUAAAGAGUUGGUUUGAUGAUCCGUCUGAUAGUGCUUUGAUUUCGUUACUUCCCUUCUUAGAGACCCUGGUUAAUGCUGAUGAUGUUCGUCCUAUAAUUGCCAAAAAAUUCGGUUACAAGGAAUAAGAGUCACUUGCCUUCUCACUUGCUUGAAUAUAGAAGCUCAUUGCCCCCUCUCAUCCUUUUUAGCAAAUAUUGGCCUCUAAUCUAGAUGCUCAUCGUUCUUUUUCUUUUAAGCUCAUGAGAUAAAUAGCUAUAGAAUAAGCUCUUACUUUACCUUUUGUUAGCGUGCUGGUUCUUGUUCCCUUAUUUUCUGCGUUUCAGCUGACAACACUGUGGAAUGGGUUGUCUGAUUUUUGUUCAAAGGUAAUUGUAGAGAAAGUCUUAUUUAUCCUUAUUGUAUAGUUUUAAGUUUUGCUUAUCAGGGUGUACACAUGGGAAAAUUUAUCUAUACAAUCUUGGUCUUUAAUUGGGAUGCUCCACUUUCUUUUCACUUGAUCUCGUGAGAUUUAGUUAUGCAAUUAAAUCUUCUUUUCCUUAUUGGCUGUCAGCUCUUCGAUCCUGUUUCCUUGUUUUCUUCCUUUCAGCUGACAACACUGCAGAAUAGUUUGUUAGUUUUUGUUCCAAGGUAACUGUAUGGAAUGCCUAUUUUGCUCUUAUCAAACAAUUUUAAGUUGCUUUCUACGGUAUGCAUGAACGCUAUAAUUCUUGAAAACGUGACUUCUUACUGACUUUUGCCGCAUAUAUCACACAGCUUUUGAUACAUUGUCUUAAAUAAAUAACAUUAACAAUGCAAGUAUGCUAGCACUUGAAAGCUGGAACUUUGGGCUUGAUCUGGUCAUUUUUAACUCUUAAUAUUUUGUUAUACUUUCCUUUAAUUAUAAGAUUAUGUUUCGUAGAAAAGUAAUUAAUAUCUUGUGUAAAAACUCAAAGUUGAGCCUGUGAUACUGCAUAUCUGUGAUUCUGUAGUAAAUAAACAGUUCAUAAAAAUUUAUACUGAGGAAAAAAAAUGGAAGUGCUACAAUAAUUAAUGGCAUUGAAUACUUUCUGAACUUAAAAUUAAGUCAUGCUUCUGAUGAAAUGAUUUCUCGUAUUAUGCUAAAAUGGAGUUGAGAACUUUUCUGUAGUUCUGUGAAGGUUUGGCCCUUCUGGAUAAGAAACAAGAAACAGGGAGGAACACAAAGAGGAGGACAAACUACUUGUGCAUCCUAUGUCUACAGGGCAUCAUGUUCCCAGAAGAUUUGUUCGUACGCUUUGAUGGACUGACUUUUUCUGGUUUACUAUGUUCUAGAAAUUAGUUUUUAGUUUCAUUUUCUUUUCCUGAAGAGUUUAAAUAACCGGAGCUCCAUUUCUCAAUUAAAUCAAAAUAGCUUGAAACGGAAAUGUGAGGGGAAGUGAUUUGACUAUGCAUCACAUCAAAUUAGGUAUUGUCAAUUUUGUUUUCUGAUUAGGAAUUCAAACCUUUGAAUAAUACAUCACAGAUUGUAUGUUUAAGUGAAUUAUAUACUAUGAUUCAAGAUUACUCUCGUAAAUAUAUUUAAGUGAACUAUAUGUACUGCAUGGUGGCAUAGGAAGUUCAGGUUAAGUAUAGGCAUGUUUCUACCCCACGAGGAUAUGGGGCAUGAAAUCCAGCAUUAUAAACUGAUUUAGGUCAUACUCUUCAUUAGAUGCUGAACUGACUGACCUCUUAAAUGGAAAACCGUCGUGAGGAUGCUUGUUUUUUGUGCAUACAAAGAUAAUGCAUGAAGUAUUGACAGGAUCGGCCUCCUGCAUAGUUUUCUGCUAUCCUGUUGAGAGGGCUGUGCAGAUAGUGGAGACAAAAAGGGUUCGAAUAUCAGAGAGAUUAGUUGGGUUUUUAAAUUAGCUUGACUAACACUGCUGUUCUUGAUCUUCUGCAAAUUUAGUCUCUUUGCGCUUUUACAACUUUGCAUGCGUUGUCUGCAGGUCACGCGGAGAACACUAACACAUUUUCUGGUAAUGUAAGUCAGUUGUCGAGUUCUGUUGCUAGUUACUUCUUGAUAAGUCUGUAGAGACUUGUAUUAUAAAAGCAUAGAAUUUUACUUCAAGUGACGUUUGCAACGGGUGGUUGUGUAAUUCCUGUUUAGAUAAUCGCAGUCUUUUCCGUUCGUUGCUUCCCCCUUCAUUUGCUUGUUUCAUACUUGCCAAUGGCUAUGAUUAUCUUGAAUAUAAAUACAAGUAUAGCUGCUGCUGGUUGUUUUCUUUUA